GCGUAUAGAUCCUGUUUCCAAGGAGAUUUCGAGUAAAUUAUGGCCAUCGACGACUUGUGUUGUAGGUGAAGGUACAACGGUAACAAAUACAGGACAGUUCAGCACUUCUCCAUAAACACUUCAUAAUGCCUGGGAGUGCAGUUUCUUUCUCCAACAGUUCAGCUUCCAGUGGCUCAAAGCGUGGCAAGUCACGACAGUAUCGCACAGUGAGCCACACUUCACAGAUUGAUGAGUCCCUCUUUGGAAAGCCUAAUUCAGAGAAAAUGCGGCAGGAAAUCCUACAGGAUAAGUGGACAAGUGAGAAUGCUCCAAUAGAAGAUGAAGCGCUAGAAAGAAACAAUAAUCGCAGUGGAAAAACCAAGAACAAAAAGGAAGUUGUACAGCUUAUUACUAAGGAUUUGAUUCGAAAUUUGAUUAUACCUUCAGAAGAUCCUUCGGGUGAGUCAAUUAUUUUGCCCCGGGACCAGUUCUUCCGCAUCCUUGAGGCCUCAAGAUACCGUUCGAAAGAGGAGUUAUUGGCAGAGGCAGAGCGACUGAAACAACAGAGGCAGGAGGAACUGGAAAAUGCGCAGGCCACAAGAAACCGAAUGAAGGCCCUGGACCUUGCUCGUGUCAAGAAUCAGGCAUUGAAUGAUCUUGAACAGGAAGCGCAGGACAAAGCAGAUAUCCUGCUAGCACGAGCCAAUAGCUUACGACUUGAGGCAGAAGAUGAGAUCAAGCACUUGAAUGAGCUGAUUCUGAAUGCUAAGUGCCACGCAAUUAGAGACGCUCAGUUGCUGGAGAAGAAUCAGAUCACAAAAGAGAUGGCAGACGAAGAGAGACGUCUGGACACAAUGAUGGAGAUUGAUCGACAAACUGGCCUCAAACUCCAAGAGGAGAUUGAGAAGAGACGCAAAGAUGAACAAAUGAUGGGCGCAGCCAAGCUGAUGGAGCAGAUUCAUGAGAAUGAGCAAGACCGCUUGUUUGAGCUGGAACGCAAAGAUCAGGAGAACAUACAGAUGCAAAAGUACAUUGAGAAGCUGAUGCAGGAAGACCAGAUACAGGUUGAAAAGAAGCAUGAGAGACAGAUAAACCUACGUGAAGAUCUUGACCACGCCAACUCUGAAAUCUUGAGACGCAAAGAACUGAGGAAAGAGCAAGAAAGAGCUGAAGAGGAAAAAGUGCUGGAAUUUCAGAGACAGAAAGCUGAGCGCGAAGAGGCUUAUGAGAAGGAACAAGAACGUAUACGCAUUGAAAAAGAGAAGGAGACAGCGAGGAUGAGAGCCUUGCAGGAGAGGGCAGCUGAUGAGCAGGCUGAGAAAGAUGCUUUGCGUGCCAAGAGGGCACAGGAGCAGGCGGAGCGUGAUUGGCGAGCCAAAGAAGCAGCAGAAGCUCGACAAAAGGCAGAGACAGAGGCCAUGCUGCGUGAGGCCAGAUCCAAGCAGAUGCAACAGCGAGAGCACUUUCUCGGCAUCCAGGCUCAACGGGAGCGGCAGGAGUUUGAGAGGGUGCUCAGGGCGCAGAAGGAGCUGAUAGAGCGUGAGAAGCGCGAGGAAGCAGAAAUUCACAAGAAGCGCUUGGUUCAUGCUGAUGAUGUGCGUGCCCAGAUCCGCAAAAAGGAGCAGGAACGAAUUGCUGAGCGCAAUGCCUUCUUUGAAGAGGGUGUGCGCCUUGAUGAAGAAGCACGUGCCAGACGGGCACGCCUUGAUGAAGUCAAGAACAAGAAACUGGCAGAGCUUAAGGAAGCUGGAAUUCCAGACAGGUAUUUGGCGAACGUGGAGCGAAACAUCAAUCAACCCCAGCAUGCAUGAACUGGAAAGUUUCCUUAAACAUGACCUAGGUUGUUUCCAGUUAAUUUACCCUCCAUGCCAGAACAUGGAUGGAAUAUCACUAAGGCUUUUUCUGUAGAAAGUCAUAUACAGGAUUUUACCACAGUCUGUGAUACUGAGAGCAUGAGCUUUAGAGAGAGAGGGAAAGAGAGAAUGAAAGAUGAGAAAUGAGGAUAGAAUGGUUUCCAUUUAGGGAAAAAUAAAAUGGCUUAACAGUGCAGACAGAAAGAAUAAUUCUCUACAUGAAAGUAACCAACAGAUUGCUUCAAUGCAAACUCAUCGAGAUUCAUAAGAAAAAUCGUUUACUUUUACAUCUAAAAUAAAAAUAUUUACAUGGAAGGAUACGUUAUAUAAGUGAACUUCAAAAUCUGGCUUCGUUGCGCAUUACCAUUGGACUCCACAUCUUGUAAACUGGUUUACAUUGAGCUGGCACAGAUUAAAAAAAAUACUCUAGCUCAAAAUAAUACUUCUCGAAAGAAUUUGGCUGAUAUUCCCUCGAUCUGCCAGUCUCUUCCCAUUGUCUGUAGACAAUCUGAAAUUACCACUUUUCUCAUUGGUUUUAUGUCCUCAAGAAAAACAUAUUUUCUUCAUUUUCUCUUUUGCGUUGAAAUUAAGGGAAAUGUCUUUAAUGGAGCUGUGUGGCAGCAGCACCUAUUGUUAAUGAAUGAAUUGUUAGAAGCAAGGUUUUCAAAGGCUUUGAUUAACGUAAUCUGAAGAGUGUCGCCUUUUUUUUUAUAUUUGUAGCAUUUUUACUUCCACUGCAUGGAAAGCCCACACGUUACCCAUCCAGUCUUUUUUAACAAAUUUAGUUUUUUGAAGGAGUUUUGAUCAUAUUUAUCUGUCAUGAUAGCAUACAAAUGCCUAAAUGCACAUCUUCAUGACCAUUUUCUUUACAACUGAUUCACUUGGGAAAGACAAAGAAUAAAUAGACAGCUAUUUAGCCCAGACUGAAAUUCAUCAAAACUUUCAGCAACACCUCUUAAGAUUUUAAAGUGGAAACUGUACAGAUUAUUUGCAAUAAAGGACUUCUUGUGUUAUUU